AUGCCAAGCCAAUCCCAAUCCCGAGACCGACCCGACAGACGCGACCGGGACCGGGAUCGGGAUGGCGACCGCACACGCGAGCAAGAGCGCUCGCGCCGCCGAGACCGGGACCGGGAGCGCGAGUACAUCCGCGGCCGCUACGAAGACGACGAAGGCGCAACGUCCAGUCCUGGGAACGCGCGCACCGCGAAAUACCGCUUCCGCGGGGAAUCAGGGUACGAGUCGAACUCGCAUAAUGAGCGUGAGGAUUAUGAUGAGGAGCGGGAGCGGCGCAGGGAACGGAGGCGCAGAAGGAAAGAGGAAGAGGAUGAGGCGGCGGGUCUUGCUUAUGGGGAGUCUGGGGAGGGGAGGAGACGAGAUAGAGAACGGGAGAGAGGGAGCUCUAGGGUGAAGGAUUCGCCUGCUACGUCACCUACUAAACGGCGGGAUCGCGAGAGGCGGUAUCGCAGAGAAGAGAGUGCGAGUGCGAGCCCUGCUAGAGAGAGACGGACGAGGGAUGUUGAUGUUGAUGCUGAGGCUGAGGCGCGGCGGCGGAGACGGCGUGAACGCGAGCGUGAAAGAGAAAGGGAGCGCGAGCGGGAACUCGAUGCUGCUGCUGCUGCGACGGCGGCGAGGAAACAUCGUAGCACUGAGUCUUCGAGUAGUGCUGCGCAUCUCUUGAGUGUGGAUGCUAUGGCGCGUCUUGCUGCUGAGCAGGAGGAUCUGGAUCGCAGGGAACGGUCUCGCGGAGAAGAUGAUUCGCGUCGGGAACGUCGACGACAGCGGAAGCGAGCUGCUUUAGACGAUGCUGCUGGUGCGGCGCUCGGUGCUGAAGUUGCGGAGGGUCGCUCACGCCAUAAAGCGGGCGCGCGAGUUGUGUCUGGUGCUUAUUUGGAAGAAGGACAUAGCUCUGAUGCUCGGGUUCGUCGUCGUGGCGGCGGUGGACCUGUUGUGGAAGAUCAUUGGGAAGACAAGGACAGCUGGGAAGCCAGCUCGGACAGCCGUGGAGGGCCAUCGGCUUGGAAAUUUUGGUCUAAUUGGUCGAGAAAGAAACGUAUCUUGGUCGGAUGCUUGCUGGCGUUGCUCCUCUUGCUUGCCAUCAUCAUCCCGGUUGCAAUUGUGGUGUCAAAAAAGCAAGGUUCAGAUCCAAAAUCGAGUUCCUCGGACUCUGGUGACAGUUCUACUACCUCUAAUUUGGGCAGUAUCAGCCGCGGAAGCAUACCAACUUACGCCACAGGCACCUUCUUGGACCCAUUUACGUGGUAUGAGACCAAAGGGUUCAACCUCACGUUCACAAAUGCCACUGUGGGUGGUCUUUCUGUCAUGGGCAUCGACUCGGCUUGGGAUGACACUGCCCGGGCAAACGACAAUGUGCCUCCUCUUAACAAGGCCUUUCCUUACGGCACACAGCCGAUCCGCGGAGUCAAUCUAGGAGGAUGGCUGUCUAUCGAACCCUUCAUUGUCCCGUCCUUGUUCAGCAAGUGGCCAUCCAGCGCUGGUAUCAUCGACGAGUACACCUUGACUAAAAAGCUUGGAAACUCUGCGGCGGCCACGAUCGAGCAACAUUAUGCCGAAUUCAUCUCAGAGUCGGAUAUAAAAGAGAUCAAAGACGCCGGACUGGAUCAUGUCCGCAUCCCAUACUCCUACUGGGCCGUGACUACCUACGACGGCGACCCAUACGUUCCGAAGAUUGCCUGGCGUUAUCUCCUGCGCGCAAUCGAAUGGUGCCGCAAGUAUGGACUACGGAUCAAACUCGACCUCCACGGACUCCCCGGCAGUCAAAACGGCUGGAACCACAGCGGCCGGCAGGGCAGCAUCAACUGGUUGGCCGGCUCAGACGGUACCCUCAACCGCAAGCGGUCACUUGAGGUCCACGACCAACUCUCACAAUUCUUUGCCCAGGAUCGGUAUAAGAACGUUGUGACAAUCUACGGUCUGGUGAACGAGCCGUUGAUGCUGACCCUGCCCGUCGACCAGGUCCUAGAUUGGACUAAGGACGCAGCGGAACUUGUCCGCAAGAAUGGUCUCACUGCCACUCUUGUCCUACAUGAUGGAUUCCUGAAUCUCGCCAAGUGGGACAACAUGUUCCAAACCCAUCCGGACAACAUGUACCUCGACACCCACCAAUACACUACCUUUAACACGGGUGAGAUCGCGUUGAACCACACCGCCAAGGUCGACGUCAUCUGCAAUAACUGGCAACCCAUGCUCAAGGAGAUCAACACGACAACUUCUGGAUGGGGUCCAACCAUUUGCGGUGAAUGGUCGCAGGCAGACACAGACUGCGCGCAGUAUGUGAACAACGUUGGCCGAGGUACCCGAUGGGAAGGGACCUACGACACCAGUUCAUCGAAGGCAUAUUGCCCAACAGCGGACGCAGGAACGUGCAGCUGCGCAGAUGCGAACCAGGACCCUUCCUCGUAUACGGCUACCUACAAGAAGUUCUUGCAGACAUAUGCCGAGGCACAGAUGUCUGCCUUCGAAACGGCGAUGGGAUGGUUCUACUGGACCUGGCGGACGGAGUCCGCCGCGCAGUGGAGUUAUCGCACUGCAUGGAAGAAUGGAUAUAUGCCAAGCAAGGCGUAUAGUCCUUCGUUCAAGUGCGGCGAUACAGUGCCUGACUUUUCCGAUGCAGCGGAAAGUUUCUGA